AUGCUCCGCUAUCGUCCGGUGUCAGAGCCCAACCCCAUUCGUCUGACAUCACCUACCAAUCAUUCCUUUCUCCUUCAACCGAAAUACCCCUUCCCACCCAUCCGUACUCUCUCUGGUACAUCAGUCAGGUUAGAUAUUCCCCAAUGGCCUAACCCACCCGUCCCUCAACCUCCUGUUGGGCCCUCCGAUAAUCUCACUGAUACGCCGCCCAGACGUAACUCAGAUAGGAAGGGAUUUUGGGAACAAUGGUCUUCGAGCGCUUCAUUUCAGGCUGCGUUGACUACGGUUGUAGGGCUGGGAAUGGUGUUCGCUGCUGGUGUAGGAUACUUGGAAUGGUAUAAGGCUCAUGUGCUGCACAGGAUCAUGAGAGCUUUCGAACCUGGAUAUGAUCCCGCAUUGGAGCUUUCUACUCUGCACGCUCCCAACUCAUCUCAUAUUCAUCGUCGAGAACAGUCCCUUAUAGAUAGGAUAGUAAGUGGAGAAGAGAAAGGUGGAUAUUAUCUCGUCAUAGGAUCCAAGGGGACUGGAAAGGGUACGAUGAUCUUAGAUGCUAUGCGAAAGAUCAAUGCGGAUGGAGUAUCAUUCUGUGAAGCUCAUCCCGAUCUUGAAGUUUUCAGAUUACGUUUAGGAAAAGCCCUAGAUUUCGAUUUCUACGAAGAUUGGCAGGGAUCUUUAUUUUCUAGGGCAGAUCCGAGAAACGGAGGACCGGCUUUAGACGUCGAGAGAGCAUUGAAUAAAUUGGAGAAGGUAGCUUUGAGAUAUGCGAGAAAGAAUAAGAGACCUUUGGUAUUGGCUUUUAACAAUAUACACCUGUUUCCUAAUACCGAUGAAGGACAUGGGUUACUGCAUCAACUACAACAGCGAGCGGAAGCUUGGGCAGAAGGAGGGAUCAUGACUAUGAUUUUCUCUACUGAUGAUUUCUGGUGCCUCGACAUGAUGAAGAAGAAUGCAUCUCGGAUGAGGAUCCUCAGUGUAUACGACCUGUCGGCUUCCGAAUCACUCAAAGCGCUUCGACAUCUGAGAGCUCAAGCUCUGACGAAUAGAGGUCUACAGAGAGAUGUGGAAGAGGAUGAUGUGCUGAAAAGGGUUUAUGAGCUUGUGGGUGGAAGGACAAGUUAUCUAGCUAGAGUAGCCAGAGCGGAUGAUAUGAUAGAGGAAGCGGAGCAGAUGGUUGAAGGGGAGAAACAAUGGUUGUUAUCAAAGAUCGGACUUAUACCUGAGCACGACGAUGAUGUGAUAUGGGCAAGCUGUUCAUGGUUACUCCUGCGCCAUCUCGCCAAGAUGAUACCCCCUCUUUCUGCCUACCCGCUCGUAGAGCCAGAGGUCACCUCUCCCACUGAUAAUGACCUUCCAAUAGCGGAAGAAUCUGCUGAAGGGGAGACCUCAAACAGCAGUGUCAACGUUACACCACCUGCAGCUGAACCGUCGAGUGCAGAUGUCCACUUACCCUACGUGACGUAUGAAGCUGCAAGGAGGAUCAUGACGAGGACUGAUUUCUUGAAUGAGCUUGAUCACUAUCACGUCGUCUCGAUAGAUCUUAAUCACCACGUCAGACCGGAUUCAUUGUUGUUGCUGAGAGCAGCUCAGCAAGUGGUAUCCGAAGAUAACUUUGAUGAAGAUUUGGAUACUACACGUGAUCGAGUGGAUCAGAUAGAAGGUCUUCAUCGACAGAGUGAAUUGACGGUCAAGGAACCUUUCAAAGUGACGUUUGAUAAGAUUGACGGUAAAGCGGUAUGGGAGGUGGUGGGCCUAGGUGAUAGUUUUGUGCCCGCGUCUGAAAAUGAGAAGGAGGAAAGGUUGGUAUAA